CUCCGACUCGCCGUAGAAAAGCGAAAGUCAUUUCAACUGGAGGAAUAUGUCAUAUGUGAAGCUGGUGUCGCUGUGCGCCGCGGCUCCGGGGCUGGCGGGCCUGCUGAGCGGCUCGGUGCUGGCGGCCGCAGAGGGGAAGAAGAGGAGCAGCCAGCCGGCCCUGAGCAUCGAUGAGCUGCCGUCUCUGUACACCACUCCUGAAUCGGAGGCUCGGUACGUGGAACCGGAGGCCGGAGCUUUGGAGCAGAGCGUGGCGUCGCUGAGGAAAUGGGUCGAACCGUACACCAACCAGUGUCAGCAAACUGGUCAGGCUGCCAUGGAGAAAGUCGAGCAAGCGUACAGAACCGUGGAGCCGACCAUCAGCACCACGAUAACAGCAGUAACUGAUACCUACCAGUUCCUCAGCGACCCUCCUCCUGACCUCUACCCCAGCGUGGCGGUGGUGAGCUUCUCCGGCUUCCUGGGACUUUACUUGGCCAAAGGCUCCAGGGUGAAGCGUCUCGUAUUUCCAAUCGGACUCAUGGCUCUCAGCGCCUCCAUGUUCUAUCCUCAGCAGGCUGCAGCCCUGUUAAAGGCGAGUCGAGACUCUGCGUCCAGCUGGGCUCAGCAGGGCCGAACCGCCGCCGAGAAUCUCUGGAAAGAUCCACCGUUUGCCAAGAACAAGCCCGAGAAGAAAGAGCAAACAGAGAGCGACGACACAAGCAGCUGAAGAAGAAACACAACCCAGUAACACACUCACACCUGUACAUGAACAUGUUCUCACACCUGUACAUGAACAUAUUCUACAAACUCCCACAGACACCGAGGCUUGUUUUGCUUUAAGUUUUAGAGCAGAAGCUUAUAAGCCGAGUCGUUCUUGAACACAAUAGCGUAUUCCAGGAAGCAUUUUCAAGAAUAACUUUGCAGGUUUUGUUCCAGUUAUUCAGAUAACUUCCUUAAAUCUGCUUCUUGAAACAAUCCUCAACGCUCCUCCUCCCCUGUAGGAAGUCAUUCACCUGCCAACCUCAGCAACACACUGAUUAUAUAUCUGAGGUCAGCAGCCAUUAGCAUCCCUCAGCUAGCGACUAGCGUCUCUUAGACUAUUCAUUUGCAUUCAUAAAGAACAAGUUAUUCCCAGGCUAGUCUUUAGCAUCUCCAGGCCUAGUUAGUACCAUUCCUGCAGCGACAACUAGCAUUCCUGCGCUAGUAUUUGGCAUUCUUAAGCUAGUCACUAGCAUUCCCAGGCUAACCACUUGCAUUCCUAGGAUAACAACUGCCAUUCCAAGGUUAAUUGUUGGCAUUCCAAGGCUAACCCCUAGCAUUCCCAGGCUAGCCACUUGCAGUCCAAGGGUAACAAGUAUAAUUCCUGGGCUGCCAACUAGCAUUCCUCGACUAUCAGCUAGCAUUCCAAAGUUAGUCACUGGAAUCCUUAGGCUAACCGCUACCAUUCCCAGGCUCAUAAUUGCCGUUCCUAGGCUGGUCACUGGCAUUCCAAGGCUAGUUACUAGCAGUCUGUGGCCAGCAAGUAGCUUUAAUGAGCUAACAACUGUCAUUUCUAGACUUGCAACUAGCAGUCCUAUGUUAGUAUUUGUCAUUCUUAAGCUAGUCACUAGCAUUCCCAGGCUAGCCACUUUCAAUCCAAGGGUAACAGUACCAUUCUUGGGCUGUCAACUGGCAUUCCUAGCAACUACAAUUCCUAGGCUAGCAACUUACCUUCUUAGGCUGACAACUAGCAUUCCAAAGUUAGUCACUGGAUUCCUUAGGCUAACCACUACCAUUCCCAGGCAUUUCCAGACUAGCAACUAGCAUUCCUGUGCUAGCAAGUGGCAUUCCUAGGCUAGCAACCAAAGUUCCUGGGCUACAAACCAGCAUUCCUAGCCUAGAAACUACAAUUUCUAAGAAGACUAACAACUAGCCUUCUUAGGCUAACAGUUAGCAUUCCUCGGCUAGCAACUGGAAUUCCAAAACUACCAUUCCUGGGCUGUAACUGGAAUCUACAAUUACCAGGCAAGCAAAUAGCGUUCCUGGGCAGCCAACUGGAAUUCUAAAGCUUACAAACAGCAUUCUUAGGCUAGUCCCUAGCAUCUCCAGGCUUGUCACUACCAUUCCCAGACUAACGAAUUGCAUUCCCAGGAUAACAACUUGCAUCCUUGGGAUAACAAUUGACACCCCCAGCCUCGUAAUUUGUAUCCCUACUGUACAUUAAUAAACAUUGAAACAUAAAUGUUUAUGAUUCGUAGGUGAGUUGCACAUAUAUAUAGUCACUUUCCCAUUAAAAGGACUAGCGACUAGCAAAGGUAUACUAGUCACUAGCCUAGGAAUGUUAGUCAGCAGACUGGGGAUGCUAAUGACUAGCCUGGGGAUGCUAAUAAGUAGCAAGGGGAUGCUAAUGACUAGCCUGCAGAUGCUAGUGACUAGAUUUCUGGAUGCCAGUGACUAGCCUGGGGGUGCUAAUGACUAGACUUCUGGAUACUAAUGACUAGCCUGAGGAUGCUAAUCACUAGCCUGAGAAUGCAAAUGACUAGCCAGAGGAUGCUAAUGACUAGCCUGGGGAUGCUAAUGACUAGCCAGGGGAUGCUAAUGACUAGACUUCUGGAUACUAAUGACUAGCCUCUGGAUGCUAAUGACUAGCCUGAGGAUGCUAAUGACUAGCCGGAGAAUGCUAAUGACUGGCCAGAGGAUACUAAUGACUAGCCUCUGGAUGCUAAUGACUAGCCUGAGGAUGCGUGUGAGCAGUAAAGUCAGUUAUACAUCCGGUGGGUUGCUGAGGUCGGCAGGUGAAUUACUUCUCCGUAAAUGAAUGUGUUCAGUUCAGUGAACUGGAGACUAAAUCUAGAAAUAACAAACACUGAACUGUUCCUUUCAACUUUUUAACAUAUAAUGACUUCAGGUUUAUUCUACAAAAAUAGUAGCUGUGACAAGCCAGUUCCAGCCAGCAUUUAUCAGAUAACAUUUAUUCAGCUUUUCUGCAUAUUAAAUCCUUCAGUGUAUCACAAAAAGUCAAAACUACACACCAUUAGAAUACUUUCUGUGGUAUGAAGGAGCGUUUUUGUGCUGAGAAGUUUCAGUUCGUAACAUUCAGACACUCUAGAGACACCAGGAAGUGUGAAUCUGAGUGAAUUAAUGUAGACGUGUUCAGGUCAAACGGUGACGCUUCUAUUUCUGCUGUAAUCAAAUGAAGGGCCAAAUGAUGUGAUCAUCAUCCAUCCUAAUUAUUAAUGCACUGUUGAUUGUCCAUGUUUGUUCAUGCUCUGUAUAUACUGUGUGCAAUUAAAGCUGCUAUUUAUCACUAAA